AUGGCAGGUUUUGUUUUUUUACCUGUACCAAAUGAUUCUAUUCCAAACACAGAAUAUGGUAAUGAAUUUUUUAUCGAAAUCCAUUUGGACGAACGAUUAAAUAUGGGAGAAAAUGUUCGAAUAUGUAAAGUUUGGAAAAAGAAUGAUAAUAGUAAUGCGAUAAUUGAAAAAAGUUAUAAAAUAUUUCAUGAUGUUGAUCAAUGUAUUGAUUUUAUUACAUCAUAUGAAUGA